AUGUACUUGAGUAUUCUGCUGUGUCCUAUAUACUUUGGUGGGUACAACGAGACCCUCAUGGCGCUCAACGGCAAGUUCGAUCAGCCAGAGUGCCUGGGCACCGCUGACCUGGAUGCCGCCUCUCCACUCCUCAACUUCAGCUUUGCGAUCAGUGAACAGGGCGUAAACAUCUGCGGUAACAAACUGAAGAUCUUCGAUGGAGCUGGGACAGGGAUAUUUUCCCAAUACUCCAGUGUGCAGCACGUCAACAUCUCUGGGAUCGUCAACUCACUAGACCCCACCGCCGGAACCAUCACCUAUAAGGAGGAGGUCAUGUACCUGUUCUCCUGUGAAUACCCGCUGCAAUAUUUUGUCAACAACACAGAACUAAGUGUGUCAGGGGUAAGUCUUGCUGUUAAGGACAACAAUGGCAGCUUCAUUAGCACACUGAGCAUGUCACUGUUCAAGGAUCAAGAUUACACACAACCCAUGUCGAUGCCACCGAAUGGCAUCCAGCUGAAAACCCGAAUCUUUGUGGAAAUCAAGGCCACUAAUCUCACAGACAGGUUCAAUGUUCUCCUGGACCGCUGCUAUGCCAGUACCAGCCCUGCCCCCUCAAAUAGCACAUACUACGACCUGUUUGUUGGUUGUAGCAGAGAUACACAGACAGUGGUGGGCCUGAACGGAGUCUCUCAGAAGGCCCAGUUCUCCUUUGAGGCGUUUCGCUUUACGGAGCACAAGAACAAGACCAUCUCCACCUUCUACCUGCACUGCCUCACCCGGCUUUGUGAGAACGCCACCUGCGCCUCCAUGCUGCCGGUAAGGCACCACAUCCACCACAGCAGUUGCCAUAGUGACUCAUGA